AUGAACCUCAAUGGCAAGGGCCCUGCCACUCCCCGGCUGGCCCAAACGCCUCCAUGCACCCCUAUCGAUGAAAGUCCCCAGCAUUGUGUUAUUCAAUCGCCCGUCACAUGGAAGGAAUUGAAAGGUCUUCUUGUAGAAGUCAUUCACGUACUCAGGGAAGCGAAACCCAACACCUCCACAGACCCAGUCACACGGGAAGAGCUUAAGGACCAUCUGGCUUUGUUGAUCGACUGCAUCAAGAGGGCCUAUAGAGAGACCACGGAACGUCUCCAAGCGCUUCUCGCGGAGUGUACGAUCACGUACGACCUGCUCUGGGCCCUGUUCAAACCGGGCCAGCCGAUAUGCACAAGCUGCCGAGGAAGCGGCAAACCAAGAUCGCUCAUAUACGAUUCCAGCGAAAACAAGAAGACCAAACAGGGUGUGGAGUACUUCGAGCUGACAGGUCGCUACUUUGACUUCGACGGCGAGGUAUUCGGGGAAGUUGAAAGUAGAGUGAGCAUUUUUAAGUUCCAUGGCGCGGUACCAAUCAGCAAGCUAGCUGCUUUCCCUCUCCAGUACCAUCCGACAAGAGAAGCGAUGGAAAAACAUCUUCGAAAAUGCGGCCAGCGAUUUAUCAAAAUGAUGGCUAGCCAUCAUUGCCAUUACCAGGGCGUUGCUUUCUUCGAGGGCAAGGAUGGCAUCCGUCAACAGACCGUGGACGGAAGAAUCAUGGUUGAUGCUUCCAGGUUUCGGAAAGUCAAUCCAGGUUAUCCGAAACUGCAGGACAGGAUCGCUGUCAUUGACGUGUGGGGUGGUACUGCGACUGAUGACUUUAGAGAGCGUGUCAAGUGCACCGGGAAGUCUCCUGACAAGCUGACAGGAGAUGAGCUCCUUGUUUGCUCGCCAACGGUGCUAGGGUUCAGCUUGGGAAAUAAGUUUUGGGGCGAAUUUGCAAUCGACAAUAUUAGAAAAAUCGACUGGUUGCCGGAAGCUUUUGAUCGCCUAGUGCUUCCUGCGGGAAGGAAGGACAUAGUAAUGGCCCUUGGCGAAAGCCGCAUGGGCGAAGGUAAGGAGGGUCGAUUCGACGACUUCAUCACAAACAAAGGACGCGGACUUAUAGUGCUUCUGUCCGGUCCCCCCGGAGUGGGCAAGACUCUGACUGCAGAAGCCUUAUCUGAACGCUUGCAGAGCCCUCUCUAUUCGAUAUCCGCAGGUCAAUUAUCCUCCGACGCCGCAGUCUUGGACGUUCAACUCGAUCAGGUCUUCACAACGGCCAGUCACUGGAAAGCUCUACUUCUCCUGGAUGAGGCCGAAGUCUUCCUGACACAACGCUCUUCCGAGAUCAUCGACCGAAAUCGUCUCGUGGCCACUUUUCUUCACAAGCUGGAAUAUUUUGAAGGAAUUCUGUUCUUGACGACAAAUCAGCCCGGUGGUCUGGAUGCAGCGAUCCUCAACCGGAUCCAUCUUUCACUGCAAUAUAGUGAUCUGGGUUACGAGGCAAGAAAAAAAAUCUUCGAACAGUUCCUACGGAAAGACUGCGGCUUAAAAGUCAGCCUUGAUGAUCGGCAACUAGCCGCUCUGGCCCAAGUAACCAUCAAUGGACGGCAGAUCAAAAAUACCAUGUCCAUCGCUUGCACGAUAGCAGCAAAAGUUGGCGAACUGAGGUUCGACCAUGUCCGAUCAGCGUUGACCGUGAACGGGUAUAGUGUGCCGGACGUGGGGAUGGCUCACGAGCGCGACGAGUUGUAUGAGUGA